ACAUAGAGCCUGUUCUAAAAUGACAUUCACGUGUCUUUAGACAUAAGUGAUGAAGUUUUAAUGAAGUUAAUUCCUGUACUUUUUACAGAGAAAAAGAAAAAGCUGCUCUUUUCUGGAACAUCUCAAUGGAUGUGAGACAGGAGACCUGUGAUGUGGACACAAAUAUCAUGGAGAAAACUGUAAAUAUUAAGGAGGAGGACUGUCAGUGGGAGUCCAUCUACCUUAAACAGGAAAGUCUGAGCAUCAAUGAGGAGAACAGUGAACUGCCGUCAGUGGACAUUAAAGAAGAACCUGAAGAGACGUCUGUCAGUAUUGAGACGCACAACCAUACAAAUCUGGACACUGCAAAAGAUGACAACCUUCAUGAUGGGUGUCAAGAUGGAGUGGUGACCAGGGUAGACUCUUCUCAAAGCAGACACUCUUCAACUCCAGAGCCUUCUACCAGUGUGAAGUCUGAAUCCUUAGAGUCUGAACCAAAGAGGGCUGAGGAAACUACAUCUGUUAGGACUCAGAAAAAUAAGCGGCCAGCUACAAAGAAGUCUGGAAAAACAAUUUGUUUUUCUUCCAUUAUAGUGACUCAGCAUGUCCUCGAUAAAGAGUGCUAUACAAACGUCCAAGAGCAAGACAAAGGUAGUGAUCCCUCUGGAAUUUCCUGGGUAUCCAUAUUAAUUCCUCUAAACAAUGUGGUCCAAUCUUCAACUAAGCUCCGAUUACAGACAACCACAGUUGUCCUAAACUACUGUAAUAACACACAAACAACUGGACGGCUUCUUGUCAGUCAGUCCUGAACACAUCGUUCAAACAUUCACAGUCCACUCCGUGACCCUCCUAUCUCUACAGACUGGUUGACCCUUCCUUAACAGUAAUGACCUCCACAAAACUUUUUGUAGCUGCUGACCCAUUCCUUCAUCCAAACCUUUUCAGUUCCUUCAUCCCUGAGAGCUGUUUUCUGAUCAGUUGUCUUUAGGUCAGGCCACAGCAUCGCGUCUCUCUUAUUGGCCUUUCCAGAACACCAGUUACCGUAUGUUUAACCCUUUGUCUUUUGAUUUCUUCCUGUGUUUGGGUUCAUUGUCCUGUGUCAUUACUCAACUUUUGUUAAGCUUCUACUAUCCUGAUAUUUUUCUGUCAGAUUUCUUGAUAAUAUUUUCAAUUCAGUGACCAUUGAUCAUGUUACGUUUUCCAGGCCAUGAAGAACAAGCAGGCCAAACCAGGAUGCUCCCUUCACCUUGAGUCUUUAGUAUCGAUGUGCACUUUUCUCUUACCUCCAAACUUGGUGAUGCAUGUUUUGACCAAAGACUUCCACUUUUGUCUCAU